UCGCACAUUUUUGGUCAGUUUAAUUGUUUAAACUUUGAAGUUUUAAAAUUUUUAUUUUUCAAAAUUGUUCUUAUUGAGUGCUGGUAAUCUGGUAUAGAAAGUUUCAAUUUCUGCAGUUUAUGCUGUGUAGUGUUUAGGUUUAUACAUUUACCACAAGGACCCAGAACGGAAGCGCAGAAGUGUUGAUUUCGUCCUCUGAAAUUAUCCGGAAUCGGAUUCGUUGCAGUCAUUGCAUGAGCGAACAGUCAAACUGAGUCAAUCGUCCGUGCGUGUGGAAAGUCUGGGACGGAAUCUCUGGAAAAUUUAUUCCCUGUGUCCCUGUUGGCCGCAUUCGAGAGUUGCAGUACAAUCCUAAUUCCUAAGUGAAUCCUUCGCCGUAUCAUUCAUGGCAUCGCAAGCAUUGACAGCCCGCGAAUUGCGGAUAUCUCAGACUUGUCUGACAGCCAAAGCAUUCACGGAGCGCUUCUAUCAGCGCUUGAACACCGAGCGACACUUGGUGAAGAGUAUGUACGAAGAAAGUGGUAAACUGAUUUUCAAUGGCCAUGGGUAUUGCGGUCCGGAGGCGAUUGGAAAGUUCUACGAAAAUCUACCCAAAUGCACACCGACGAUACAAGGCUUUGAUGCCCACGAGAUUGACGAGAAGUAUCUGGGCGGCACGCCAGCCAUUGUCAUCUCGGUUGCGGGACAUGUGCGCUACGGUAACCGCGGUGAUCCGUCCAGUUCCAGUUACGAUGAGCGUUCCACGAAUCUGAAGGGCGUGCUGAACUUCUUCGAGACCUUCGUCAUCACCGCCAAGAGCGGUACCUGGAAAAUCCAGUCCGACAGUUUUCGCCACCAGAACUGCAAUACCGAUUCCAUGCUGAAGGCCGACUCUUGGAAUACCAGCAUGCAAGAAUGAAUGACGUUGUUGUUUUGUUGGUUGUUGAUAAUAACGCUAAGCAAGGAUGCGGAAAGGUACAAGUAGUAUGUAGAAAUUAAAUUUCCCACUCUGCAGAACAUCGAAAUUAAAACACUUGUUUACACCGCUUUUUCCAGUUGAAAACUUGGAACUGAACAUUCCUUAGCCCAGUACAUUCUCGCCGAGAAUUUAAAAUUUAGAAUCGGGAAUAACCGUUUUAAACUAGAUCUUUUUUGUAGUUUAAAUCCAAAAUUGAAAAUCUCUCUUGACGUAAACGUUUUCCACACAAAACCAUUUUUUAAUGUUAUCAGUAAUAACGGUUGGGAUCGCCUCCAUCAUGGCGAUUCAAGCGUGCAGAGCUUUUCCGCGUCCUUGCUUUGCGAUCUUCACUUUAGAGUCUGUGAUAAAAUGUAGUCGAUGGACAUUUUGUAAGUUUCGUUGUUUUUAGGCAGAAUAUUGAGGUACAAAGUGUUGUUGCUGCGUUCGCCUUGUUAUAUAUAUAUAUAUAUAUCUCUACUGCCGCCAGCGGUUAUGCAGCGGUUUUGUUGUUGUUGUACUUCAGAAUUUUGGAAAAUGAAUUUCUGAAUUUUGUUGCCGGAUUGUCAAGAGGAAUAACGUACAGAUAGUUUGUCCUGCCCGGGGAUAAUCUCAGCGAUGUUGAUAAUUUUUGGUUUCGGUGUAAUUUUUGGUGUAAUUCGGGGUAAUUUUUGGUGUAG